ACUGCUAAACCAUCUGCAGUGAUAGUUUCACUCUUCUGAGAAGGCGAUGUGUGCAUUUUCCCUGCCCAGAGAAUUAAGGCAGCUGAAGGGAAUUGAGCCAGAUGACUUGAAUACUGCCUCUGUUUCUAAUCUCCAGUACUUUGCCCAGGUUUUAACAUGGCGGGGCGGCAUCCGAAUCGAAUUUCUGCCUCCGGAGUUCAGUCAAGUGGUCAAGUACUUACUUUUGGGAACUGUACAGACAGUGACCUGUUGGAAGAGGAUGCUGAAGUGUAUGAGCUUCGGUCCAGAGGAAAAGAAAAGGUUCGAAGAAGUACAUCAAGAGAUAGACUUGAUGACAUUAUUGUGUUAACAAAAGAUAUACAAGAAGGAGACACUUUAAAUGCAAUAGCCCUUCAGUACUGUUGCACAGUAGCCGAUAUCAAAAGAGUUAACAAUCUCAUCAGCGAUCAAGACUUUUUUGCCCUUAGGUCUAUCAAAAUUCCAGUUAAAAAGUUUAGUUCCUUGACUGAAACACUUUAUCCUUUAAAAGGAAGACAAGCUCCCGUGGCCUGUGCUGCAGAACAGGAAAUUGCACCAGCUGAUUAUCUCUCCUCCAGUGAGUCGGCUGGUAGCUUUUUAAAAGAAGUUGACCGAGACAUUGAACAAUUAGUAAAGUGUACAGACACCAAGAGAGAGAACCUUAAUGAGGUCGUGUCUGCCUUAACAGCACAGCAAGUCCGUUGUGAGUCUGACCACAGCAGCCCUCACCGUAAGGACCCCUAUUAUGGAGCGGACUGGGGAAUUGGUUGGUGGACAGCUGUGGUGAUUAUGCUGAUAGUUGGUAUUAUAACACCAGUAUUUUAUUUGCUGUAUUAUGAGAUUUUAGCAAAAGUGGAUGUUAGUCAUCAUUCAACAGUGGACUCUUCACAUUUGCAUUCAGGAAUUACACCUCCGUCCCAGCACAGAGAAGUGGAGAAUGGAAUUGCUCCAACGAAAGGAAUGCAUGUUGGCCAACAAGACAAUCAUAAACUAUAUAGUCAGGAUUCUCAGUCACCUGCUGCUCAACACAAAACUUAGUAGCUGGCUUACAGUCACUGUUAGUGGUCAUGUGUGCAUCUUGAAUAUAGUACUCAGCUUCAUCUAGCAACCUCAUCAAAGGCAGAGUUUAGGGAGAGUGAAGAUUUUUUAAUCUAAGAAUUUCUGAGCCAUACACAGAUGGGUUGUGAAUAAAACCCCUGCAUUUGCUCCGUCAUGCUGAACAGUCCAUAAACCUGCUGUCAGUACUUAAACCAGACGUGAAUUUACAUUUAAGAGGUUUGCAACUUAGAAGAUGCUUGCAUUUUUCUUACACAAAAGUAGUUGGGUUUAGAUUUUACCUUUUAAGAGAGUUUGUUUUAUUUACUAUGUUUGUGUUACAUAUAUGAAACAAUAAUGCAUUUCAAAUGCUUGCAGUGGAAGAAAAUUUACUACUGUGAACCACCAAAAUACUUAGUUACAAGAAAUUUGAGUCUAAAAUUAUUUAUGGUACCAAGUACUUAAAACUUCAUUUUAAAACUUUAAAAAAUAUGUUUAGCAGGGGCUGGGCCUAUAGCUCAGUGAUAGAAUGCUUCUCUGGCAUGUACAAGGCACUGGGUUCAAUCCCUGACCCUGUUAAAAACAAAAGUAAAAAUAUGCUUAGCGUAUGUGCUGUGAAAGCCUAUGUAGAAACAGGUAUGUAACAAGGAAUUUCUGUAUUAGAGGCUAAGCAAGAUAAUUUUUUUUAUUUUUAUUUUUCAAGGUAGGGCUGACCUGGAAUUCACUCUGUAGUCUCAGGCUAGCCUUGAACUCACAGUGAUCCUCCUACCUCUGCCUCCUGAGUGCUGAGAUUAAAGAUGUGCACCACCACACCUGGCUUAAGUACUUUUUAAGGCCCCAAAUAAUGUCUUGUGGUUGGAAAGUUAUUUGACUACAAGAACACUGGAGUAGAUCAAGACCUAUAAAUAAUUUUUGUGUCAAAGACAGACAGCUCCUUCAACCUCACCUCUGCUUCUGUUUCUUGUGUCUGAUACUUGAAAGCACUCUUGUAGUUAUCCCUGUACAGAUUAACAUCUGCAGUAACUCCCUACCUACUGUGAUAAAUCAUUGCUGUUAUGUAUAGUAACAUGCCUUAAUUACACUUAAUGCCUUACAUUACUUAAUGUGAGUUAAUACACAUUUCAAAAUGAAAGCGAAGCACUGUUUCAGAUGUUUCAACUGGAUUCACAAUACAGGCUGUCAUUACAUAGUUUGUGUAACCUUGUCUUCCUUCACUUUUAAAGUUAAUUGGGUCAAAACAAAUCUUUGUCUGCCUCUGAAGUUUUGCAGAAAAGGUUCAUUAAGUAAAGGUGAGUAAAGAAAGAGGCUAUUUGCUUUAGCAGGAGACACAUUUCUUUAUUUUGUUGACCACAGCCUGUUUUUCACAAAGAAAGUGUCCAAUUUCUUACCCACCCCCCCCGCCACUGUAACAUUAAGUUGGGAAACAGAGGCCAAAGGGAUUUGGGUUGGCUAAAAGGGCUCAGUUACGCCACGUUGUAAGAUGUGCUGUGGGUCAGCCAGGCUAGCUAAGCAAGCAUUUGCAAACUAAUGUCCUUGUUUAAGUUUUUAAAGUAUGUAUUUUUCAAAUAGAAGUAAGAUGAUUCAAGAGGAAUGAAUUCGGUGGAGUCUUCAUUGCCUUUAUAUUUCUUUCAUACAGCACAUGUCUUAAGAUACUUAAUACCACCUCAUUUUCUGGGCAUUAUUUUCUAACAAUGUUUCAGUCUUUUUGAACAUUCUGUAUCUCAAAUUCCAAUUCUGAUUCAAAGUGGCACGAAUAAAUAUUAAUUGUAAUUUGGGUUUUAAAACAUCAUAAAAUGAUGGUUAGAGGUCAAACCUUUAAAAGCCCUAUGUGUAUCAGAGGACUUGAGAAGAUUACCAAAAAAGUGUUUAAUAGGAAAGGUAUAGGAAACUGAUUCUUGCAGUAAAUCCUCUAGUUAAGUUUUUAAUUGUUUUCCUAUACCUUACACAUCUUGAAAAAAGGAGUGCGAUCUUGACAGCUACACUCUACUUAAUACUGUUGCUGGAACUUGUAUUUUCGGAUAGAAAAUGCAGUGUUUAGGGUAGAACAGGCUAUAAGUCCUUUAAAGAACUUUGCUUACAUCAGAUUGAUGAGAAUCACUGACUACUUUAAAAGUUGUGACAGAGAGCACUGACAACUUACAGUAAGGAGAUGCACACUGGAUUUGCUGCCUGAAAAUCACUUCUGUCUCCGAGUAUCCUUUCUGAAGGAAAUAAAACAUGCAUCCUUAAACACAGUCAGGCUGUUUCUUUCUCUAUGAAUAAUUUGAGAUACUCUAUAUUUAAAAUUGGGCCUUUAAAAAAACAUGUAAGCAUUCAAUAGGUUUAGAAUUAUAGUUUUUAAAAAGUACAUUAAAUAUAAAUUUUUAGCAAAUUACACUGUGUACUAGACAACAUAA